GACUAUCAGCCAAUCGCAGCGCAGAUGACGUGAUUGUUCCAAUAUGGUUGGGAAAAGUGGUAACUAGUGGUAGUGGUGAAGUGCAGCUGAGUUGGGUCAUGUCCUAAUUUUAGGGUGCGAGAAUUUAUGAGCGCAUGAAGCCACAGGAAAACUAGAGAGGAUGGAGGAUCACAUGACUGAGGACGUGACCUCCUUUUACGUGAAGGCGGAGCAGUACUGGAAGGACAUCCCGCCCACUGUGGAUGGAAUGCUAGGAGGUUAUGGCAGCAUUUCCAGCAUCGACAUCAACGGUUCCAAAAAGUUUCUGCAGAAAUUCCUUGGGGAGGGCAAAGGUAAGACGAGACCAGGCUGUGCUCUGGACUGUGGCGCAGGAAUCGGCCGCAUCACCAAGCGCCUUCUCUUGCCGUUAUUCCGUACCGUGGACUUGGUAGACGUGACGCAGGAGUUCCUGGACAAAGCGCGCUCCUACCUGGGUGAAGAGGCCAAACGAGUGGAGAACUACUUCUGCUGCGGCCUGCAGGAUUUCCAGCCUCAGCCGGAUCGUUACGACAUCAUCUGGAUCCAGUGGGUCAUCGGUCACUUGACUGACGAUCAUCUGGCGGAGUUCCUCAGACGAUGCCGCAGUGCUCUGCGUCCUGAUGGCCUGAUCGUUGUGAAGGAUAACGUGGCAUACGAAGGCGUCGUCCCUGAUGAGGUGGACAGCAGUGUGUGCAGAGACCUGCCCUUAUUGCGCCGCAUAGUGGCCAGAGCUGGACUCAGCAUCGUCCAUGAGGAACAGCAGCAGAACUUCCCUGAGGAAAUCUACCAGGUCCACAUACUAGCUCUUAGAUAGAACGUUUUGAGAGAAAUACAUGAUAUUUACUCCACACACGGUUAUUUCAUCCUGCCAUUUUUAAUAAUGCAUCAGGUUGGAACACAGUGAAAUGGUUAUGUGCCUGGAUUAAGGGUCUGCAGUUCUCAAGGUCUGAUUUGCACCCAGAGCCUGGGACUACACUAUCAGGGAGCACAGACUUAGUUUUACACUUUUAAGAUAUCCAAAUGUUCUCUGGUCUGUAAUUACUCGCAGGACGGUUGAGCCAAUGUGAAUUUUGAUCCUAACUCUGUUUGUGACUGUCUGGUUUGUAUGUAAGUUAUUAAGAUACAUAUUCAUGUGCAUGUAUUGUGU